UCUUAUCCCUUUGUUGGAGAGAAAAAGAGAGAGCGGCUCCAUGGGUAGGGUGAUAAGAGCACAACGUAAAGGAGCAGGCUCUGUUUUCAAAUCUCACACUCACCACCGUAAAGGUGCUGCCAAAUUCCGUUCACUUGAUUUUGGUGAACGUAAUGGUUACCUCAAAGGUGUUGUUACUGAAAUCAUACAUGAUCCAGGUAGGGGUGCACCUUUAGCCCGUAUGACAUUUCGUCAUCCGUUCCGUUACAAGCAUCAGAAGGAGUUGUUCGUUGCUGCAGAAGGGAUGUACACUGGUCAGUUCAUUUACUGUGGGAAGAAAGCUAAUCUCAUGGUUGGUAAUGUGUUAGCAUUGAGAUCUAUCCCUGAAGGAGCUGUUGUUUGUAAUGUGGAGCAUAAAGUUGGUGACCGUGGUGUUUUUGCUAGAUCCUCUGGUGAUUAUGCUAUUGUUAUCAGUCACAACCCUGAUAACGGAACAACUAGGAUUAAGCUUCCAUCUGGAUCCAAGAAGAUUGUGCCCAGUGGGUGUAGAGCCAUGAUUGGGCAGGUUGCUGGUGGAGGAAGAACUGAGAAGCCAAUGCUUAAAGCUGGUAACGCAUACCACAAGUACCGGGUAAAGAGGAACUGCUGGCCAAAGGUUCGUGGUGUUGCUAUGAAUCCCGUGGAGCAUCCUCAUGGUGGUGGUAACCAUCAACAUAUUGGUCAUGCCAGUACUGUCCGUCGUGAUGCACCACCUGGGCAAAAGGUUGGUCUUAUUGCUGCAAGGAGGACUGGUCGUCUUCGUGGUCAAGCUGCUGCUACUGCUGCCAAAGCUGACAAAUAAUUAAGUUUGUUACUGUUUUCCUUCUUGUUGUGUUCGGAUUUUGAGUAUUCAGCUACAGCUGUUGUCAUACUAAGUUUUGAUUCGGAUGUUAUUUAGAAGUUUUAUUUGUUUAGGGAUCCUCGCUUAGACAAAUUUGCCAUUUAUUAAUGUGUUUAGCUUGGCGCUCA